AAACCCUAUCCUACCGAGCGUUGAGUUGCCCGGCGGUCGCAAGAAAUUCUCCUGGUCCUCGAAUCGGCUGUAAUUUGGUGCGCCCGCAGCCGACAGCUUUGAUGUAAUGUCGCGUACGGGCCGCACACUGGCACGCGCGUGCAUACCUGCAGGCGGCAGCUUCUCAAAGUGUGGGUCGUCGAAGCUCAUGCGCGGAAUCUGUGAAGGUGACAUUGGCAUGCCCUGCAAAUGCUUCGGCCGCUGCUUAAUUGUGUCCGAAGUAAUGUGUGCGCGCGCGAACGCUGUGGCGAUAUUAACGGAGGUCGAGUUGGCAAAGAAAGGAACCUGCACUCGUGUUUGCUCCCCGGCCUUUUUCUUCUCUGUCGGCGAAUUGCGCUGCCCUUCAAGCCGCUGGUAGAAAUUUUUUUGCUGGCCCCUGUCUGCGCGGUUGGUGGAUUUCAAGCCCAAGAAAAAACUUUGACGCGUCGUGCACGGAGCGAAGAAAGUAGCACGCUAGGAAAAGUUAGUAGCAGAAAGGCUAGCUAUCGGUGCUACCAAUAUAAGGAAUCCUGUGGUGAAGGUACAUUCUACCUUUUCUUUGUGGAAUAUACUCAGCAGUCUCGAGCCUUGUUUGGCUAGGGUCGCCCGGGAUACCACGAUCCGAAAAUGUGUCCUUUGCUGUGGGUAGCAUACCAU